ACUGCUGUUAAUAGUGUCAAUUGUAGUGAGUAGUGUCUAGUGAUGAGUUGCAUCGCGAUAUUCGCGAUUCAGUCGAAAUAGGUCGAUUAGGCGUUGUUUGUGCGUAAAGACGUAAGAAAGAGCUUUAAUUGUAUAGCAACUGCAGAACAGUGCAGCGUCGUGCGGACCAUGGGAUUCCGCCGAUGUGUCCAUGGUGCGUGAGCGUCACACCCCCGACGAAAUCUUCCGUCUCUUCUGUCGCUCACCCUCCUUCCUCGGUGUGUAUAUUUUGCGGUGUGAUGUGAAUGCGAGCUAUAAAAAGGUGAAGAGAUCCUACGAAAGAACGCUGCGCUGCGGGAGUGCUACGAGAGCCGAGAGUGCAGUCUCCUCUCUCUCUCUCUCUCUCUCUCUCUCUCUCGACGUAUCGUCAAUCGUCAUACGACACACGAUUGUAUGUAACGCAACGCACCGUGACACAGCCAGCUCUUCGUACGCGAAUAAUGAUGAACUGAUGAAUGAAACUAAAAGCAAAGGAUCAAGACGAUGGAUCAGAUUGGCAAAAAACAAGCGGUUAACUCACCGGAGACAGCGUUGGCCAACGAGGUUUUCGACCAAUUUUGCAACGCCACUACGUUGAAAUCUAUUCUUGGCUACUACAGACAACUGUGUGAAUUACUGAAAAUCCGGCCGAAUGUCGUUAAUCAGUUUUAUCCAAAAUUGAAAACAAAAUUGCGAUCGUGGAAGGCACAAGCUCUAUGGAAGAAAUUUGAUCAACGGGCGAAUCACAAGUGCUAUAAUCGUGGCAAAGUAUGCCCGAAUACGAGGGUUUUGAUUAUUGGUGGUGGCCCAUGCGGUCUACGCACAGCCAUAGAAGCACAAUUAUUGGGAGCGAAAGUCGUUGUGGUGGAAAAAAGAGACCGGAUGUCCAGAAAUAAUGUUUUACAUUUGUGGCCUUUCGUCAUUCAGGAUCUACGUGGUUUAGGAGCGAAAAAAUUUUUUGGAAAGUUUUGCGCAGGUUCUAUAGAUCACAUCAGCAUUCGGCAAUUGCAAUGUAUUUUACUGAAAGUUGCUUUAAUUCUUGGUGUCGAAUUCCAUGAGAGUGUAAGCUUUGAUUCUCUGAUUCAACCACCGAAUAAUCAGGAAGAUAGCAAGAUUGGUUGGAGAGCAAAGACUUCACCAGCUGACCAUCCUGUCUCCCAAUACGAGUUCGAUGUGCUAAUUGGAGCUGAUGGUAAGAGAAAUACCUUGGAAGGUUUUAAACGCAAGGAAUUUCGUGGAAAACUAGCCAUUGCAAUCACGGCAAAUUUUAUAAAUAAACGGACUGAGGCAGAAGCUCGCGUAGAAGAAAUCAGUGGUGUCGCCUUUAUCUUUAAUCAAAAGUUCUUUAAAGAAUUGUAUCAAGAAACUGGUAUCGACUUGGAAAAUAUUGUGUAUUACAAAGAUGACACUCAUUAUUUCGUUAUGACUGCCAAGAAACAUAGUUUAAUCGACAAAGGAGUUAUUCUGCAGGAUCAUGCUGACACUGCAAAACUACUCGCGAAAGAAAAUGUGGAUCGUGAAGCCUUAAUGUUGUACGCGCGAGAAGCAGCGGAAUUCUCGACGGAAUAUCAAAUGAUGGAUAUGGAAUUUGCGGUGAAUCAUUAUGGCCAACCGGACGUAGCCAUGUUCGACUUUACUUCGAUGUACGCAGCGGAAAAUGCAAGUCGCAUAUUGGAGCGUCAUGGUCAUAGACUGCUCAUGAUCCUUGUAGGCGACAGCCUCUUGGAGCCAUUUUGGCCUACUGGCUCUGGUUGCGCGAGAGGAUUUUUGAGCUCUCUGGAUGCAGGCUGGACAAUCAAAGGUUGGGGAGCUUCGUUGUCUCCAUUAGAAGUAAUUGCGGAACGUGAGUCCGUAUAUAGGCUGUUGGGACAGACGACGCCAGAGAAUUUGAAUAGAGAUUACGCUGCAUACACUUUGGAUCCUCACACCAGGUAUCCGAAUCUAAAUAUACGUUCUGUAACUCCGAUACAAGUGUGCAGUCUUCUUGACACAGACGAUCCUGAAAGUAUCAAACAGCCUGCAAUACAAUCUGAAAUUGAUAUUCCAAAGAAACGAAGACGUCGCGAUCUGAGAGCUGACACUCAAGUUCAUCCAGACACACUGCUUCGCUGGCUACAAAAGCAAGUUGCAUUGUACGAUAAAGUUCACAUCGAAGAUAUAGGUGCCUCUUUCAAGGAUGGUUUAGCUAUUUGUGCAAUCAUUCAUAGAUACCGUCCAGAUUUAAUAGAUUUUUAUAGCUUAAAUGCGAAAGAUGUAGUGAAGAACAAUCAACUCGCCUUUGAUAUAUUGGAAAAGGAAUUGAACAUACCGCCGAUAAUGACAGAGGAAGAAAUGGUUCAAUGCGAUGUUCCUGACACACUUGCCAUGUUUUCUUAUUUAACACAAAUAUAUGAAGUUUUCAGGGGCGAAAUUCCAUAUAUUAAACAUUCAAAAUUGGAACCAGAAAUGGAAGAAUGCACUGCCCAUUCGAAGCAACUGAAACAAUGGACGUCUGAGGAAAAGGUUAUGAAAACACGGCACUCGCGCUCACGGCAUGCUAAUGAAAAUGUGCUCUCUUACAUGGAUAAAAAGGACAAUACGAUUAGCCGGCGUUCUCGAAAAAGGCGGAGUACCGAGAAAGUGGGCGCGACAAUGUCACGAUGGCAGAAGAUCGAAGAUGUUAUGUGUCGCGGGAUAUUCAUAUCAUUGUUAAUCGUAUUUAUUGGACUUACCUUUACCGUACUUCGAGAGGAACCGGAUACAUACUGAAUGCGCGUAAUCUACUAUAAAAGAGAAUAAAUCCAAAAUUGGUUAUGUUGUCAGAGAUCUUUUAUACAAUUUUAUAUUGUUAAUAUAAUUAUUAUUUUAUGAAAUUUUGUGUAAAAGGGUCUAGCCGAAUAAGCAUAUGAAAAAUGCCC